AUGAUGGAGAUGGAGAAGGAGAGGAAGAUGGUGAGUGUGCUGCACGGAGGUAUGAUCAUAACCAUGGACGAGGAGCAGCGAGUGUUUAGGGACGGGGGAAUUGUGAUUGAAGGAGACAGAAUCACAGCAAUUGGACAAUCUGCUCAAAUUCUUGCUGACUAUUCUCAUGUCGCCCGCCACAUCCUCGAUCUCACCGGCCAUAUCUUACUCCCUGGAUUUAUUAACAGCCACGUGCAUAGUUCCCAGCAACUGGCGAGAGGCAUAGCCGAUGAUGUGGACUUGAUGACCUGGUUGCAUCACCGCAUAUGGCCUUACGAAUCCAACAUGACCGAACACGAUUCCUACCUCUCUACUUUGCUUUGCGGGAUCGAACUCAUUCACUCAGGCGUAACCUGUUUUGCUGAAGCAGGAGGUCAACAUGUUUCUGGGAUGGCUAGAGCGGUCUCCUUACUGGGUCUGCGAGCUUGUUUAACCCAGUCCACCAUGGACUCUGGUCACGGUUUGCCGCCAUCCUGGGCCACUCGAACCACGGAUCAUUGCAUUCAGUCUCAAAAGGACAAUUAUGACAAGUACCACAACACAGCCCAAGGCCGCAUCAGAAUCUGGUUCGGAAUUAGGCAAAUCAUGAACUCCACUCCUAGCUUGCUUAUCCAAACAAGAGAUGCUGCUACACAACUCAAAACUGGAAUACACAUGCAUGUUGCAGAGAUACCGUAUGAGAACCAACUAGUAAGGGAUGUUCACAAAGUUGAUCACGGAACUGUGACAUACUUGGACAAGAUAGAUUUCCUUCAAAGCAAUCUGCUAGCAGCUCACUCAGUUUGGAUUGACAACAACGAGAUAUCUCUUCUUUCAAGAUCAGGGGUCAAAGUGUCUCACUGUCCUGCUUCUGCAAUGCGAAUGCUUGGAUUUGCACCUGUAAGGGAGAUGCUUAAUUCUGGCGUUAUUGUCUCCCUGGGAACUGAUGGGGCCCCAUCAAACAAUCGCAUGAGCAUCGUUGACGAAAUGUACCUAGCUUCUCUAAUUAACAAAGGACGGGAAGUUUAUACUAAUGGAACUACAGAUCCAACUGCAUUGCCUGCUGAAACUAUUCUUAGAAUGGUUACAGUUAAUGGGGCAAAGUCCGUAUUGUGGGAUGAUGAACUAGGUUCUCUUGAGGUUGGGAAAAAGGCGGACAUUGUUGUAGUCAAUCCUUCCUCUUGGCCUAUGGUUCCUGUUCAUGACUGCAUUUCCAGCAUAGUGUAUUGCAUGCGAUCAGAAAAUGUGGUUUCUGUCAUGUGCAAUGGCUCAUGGAUAAUGAAGAACAAGAAGAUUAUACAUGUGGACGAGGAAGAAGUUAUUUUGAAGGCAAAAGAGGCUUCUGUUGAACUUCUGAAGAGGGCAGGCAUAACAUUACCAACCAGAAUGAACAUCAUUUGA